UUCUGGUGGGUGUAGUCAGGAACUUUCAAGGCCGAACACUUUUGUAGUUUUGCUGGAAAUUUCAUGUAACCUACUUGUUUACUAACGUGUUUUCUUUGGUUUUAAUUGUAAUUUAAAUUGGACAACAAUUUUAAGUGUGUUUCUGACAUUUGUGAGCAUUUGACGUACACAGACUACUUGGUUAUCAAGGAGUGCAUAAUCCAGGAAAGAACUACCGGUAACUGCUACUUUGGAUUAAGCUUCUUUGUUUUUAUUAAAUUAUGGCUUGGAUUUAAAAAAAACACUUGCUACGAUGGCCGAUCACAGUGGUAAACUUGUUCUGUAUGCCUGAAAUUGACAUUAAAUAAUUGAUAAAGUGAGCCAGGGAGAAAAAAAAAUUGGUGUGUAUACAGGGCGGUAUCUCUGUUUUGCUCUUUCUCUUAAUUAAAGAAAAUCACAGGAAAAUGUCACGGUCUGUAAUGUCUAGUCCGACAAAGCUUGCCGAGAAGCUCAUAUUGAUCAACGACAGGGGUAUCGGAAUGCUGACUCGGAUCUACAAUAUUAAGAAAGCGUGUGGAGAUGCUAAAUCCAAGCCAGGCUUCCUUUCCGACAAGAAUUUAGAGUCUGCUAUAAAAAACAUUGUCAAAAAAUUUCCAAACAUCGAUGUUAAAAGCCUACAGGCUAUCAAUGGGAUUAGGAAUGAGAUAAUAAAGUCGUUGUCCCUUUAUUAUUAUACUUUCGUCGAUCUUUUGGACUUUAAAGAUAAUGUGUGCUUGUUGUUGACGACAAUGGAUACAUGCCAAUUGCACCUUGAUAUAACGCUCAAUUUUGAGUUGACGAAGGGAUAUCUCGACCUUUGUACGACGUAUGUUUCGCUGAUGGUCUUGCUUUCAAGAGUUGAAGACCGCAAGGCAGUUUUAGGCCUCUUCAAUGCCGCUCAUGAAAUGCUUCACAGCAAGAGCGACCCGAGCUUCCCUAGGCUUGGUCUGAUGAUCAUGGAGUACGAUCCCCCUCUUAAAAAAUUGUCUGAGGAAUUUGUUCCUCACACAAAACUUUUAUAUUCUGCAUUGAUGUCUCUGUCGCCAAUUUAUACUAGCAGGAAUUUAACAGCGGAUCAGUGGAGGUCAGAUCAAAAACUCAGCCUUGUUGGGAACCCAGGCCAGCUGCUGAAGCCGUUGCAGAGCGAUACUAUGUCAUGUGAAUAUUUAUCAUUGGAGUCUAUGGAUAAAUGGAUCAUUUUUGGCUUUUUGCUAUGCCACCAGUGUCUAAAUCAAGAACAGAGUCGUCAGAUGUGGAACAGCGCACUACAAUCAAGCUGGGUCAUUGCUUUAUUUAGAGACGAAGUCAUUUAUAUUCAUUCUUACAUUCAAACAAUGUUUGAUUCUAUAAAAGGCUACAGUAAGAAAAUUUCUGAAGUUAAAGAAUACUAUAAUGUAGCUGUGCAGCAUGCAUCUUACAUACACAGUGAAAGAAGGAAGUUUUUAAGAACAGCUUUAAAAGAAUUAGGCUUGAUUCUGUCUGACCAACCAGGUCUUCUGGGUCCAAAAGCACUACUUAUUUUUAUGGGUUUGAGUUUUGCAAAAGAUGAAAUUUACUGGCUUUUACGACACAAUGAAAAUCCACCUCUUCAAAAAGUCAAGGGUAAAAAUACAGAUGACCUUCUCGAUCGGCAGCUUGCUGAGUUGUUAUUUCACAUGGAAGAGCUCAGAAGCUUGGUUAGAAAAUACAGUCAGGUCAUUCAAAGAUAUUAUGUGCAAUACUUGAGCGGUUUCGAUGCGAUUGCUUUGAACCAGAUGAUGCAAAAUCUGGCUGUCUGCCCAGAAGACGAAAGUACAAUUUUGUCCUAUUUGUGGAGUACAAUUGCAAGCCUUUCUAUUAAACAGGUUGAGGAUAAUGAAGAUUUUGAUUUUCUUGCCCUAAGAAUUGACUGGUUUAGACUACAGGCAACCACUUCUGUUGCAAAAGCUCCUUUAUCAUUAGUAGAGAAAAGAGAUUUAGCCUCGUUACUCGAUAAUAUCAUUUUCCAUACAAAAAUGGUGGACUAUUUAGAUGAAAUUUUAGUUGAAACAUCAGACCUUUCAAUCUUUUGCUUUUACAAUAAAAUCUUUGAAGAUCAGUUCCACUUUUGUUUAGAAUUUCCAAGACAGAUCCGAUAUAUUAUCGCAUUUCCUUUGAUAUGCAAUCACUUCCAGAGCUGUACUCAUGAUUUAUGCCCUGAAGAGAGACAUCAUAUAAGAGAAAGGAGUCUUUCUAUUGUUAGUAUAUUCUUAGAAGAAAUGGCGAAAGAAGCGAAGAAUAUAAUAACAGAAAUAUGUGAUAACCAAUGCUCUAUGAGUGAUAAGUUAUUACCGAAAUGUUGUGUACUAAUUAUAUCUCAAGUUGUAACUCGAAAGAACAAAGACAAAAAUAAAAAAAACAUUCCAGAAAUUGAAAAACCUGGCGUUGAAAGUUACAGAAAAACUCGAGAAGUAAUGACACAUAUGGAUAAACUUCACAUGACAUUGACUGAACUGUGUUACUCGCUUAAUUACUGUGCGGAAAUUAAAGUUUGGGAGUACUCCUUCGCUCCCAGAGAAUAUUUGCGCAUCCAUUUGGAAAAUCGAUUUUCUCGAUCAUUUGUCGCGAUGGCUAUGUUUGAUCCUGACACCAAUGAAAUUGCUAAACCGACUGAACUUUUGGCAAGUGUCCGAGCCUAUAUGAAUGUUCUCCAAACAGUAGAAAAUUACGUGCACAUCGAUAUAACUAGAGUGUUCAAUAAUACUCUAUUGCAGCAGACUCAGCAGAUGGAUAGCCAUGGUGAAAAAACAGUAGCAGCUCUGUACACACAUUGGUACUCUGAUAUUCUGUUGCGAAGAAUAAGCGCUGGGAGCAUAUGUUUCUCAAUGAACCAAAAAGCAUUUGUGAGUUUGACAGCAGAAGGUACAAUGCCUUUUAGCGCUGUAGAAUUUUCUGAUAUGAAUGAGCUCAGAGCUUUAGCUGAGCUAAUUGGACCAUACGGAAUGAAGUUGCUCAAUGAGACCCUGAUGUGGCAUAUUGCAUGCCAAGUACAAGAGCUUAAAAAAUUGGUUGCAAGCAAUAAAGAAGUCCUUAUAGCUCUAAGAACACAUUUUGAUAAACCAGAAAUAAUGAAAGAACAAUUCAAAAAACUGCUUAAUGUUGAUAAUGUACUACAAAGGAUGACAAUUAUAGGAGUUAUACUCUGUUUUAGACAACUAGCGCAAGAAGCUUUAGUCGAUGUCUUAGGAGAGAGAAUUCCAUUUUUGCUCACUUCCAUUUUAGAUUUUUGCCAACAUUUACCAGCAUGCGAUACAAGCGUCAUAAGUGAAAUGGCAUCAGCAGCAGGAUUAGCAUGCAAAGUUGAUCCAACUUUGGCUUCACAGCUCAAAAGUCAAAAAAGUGAGGUCGAAGAAGAUGAACACCUUUUAGCCUGCCUUUUAAUGGUAUUUAUCGCUGUGUCCAUACCAAAACUUGCCAAACAUGAAAAUUCUUUAUACAAAGCAUCCUUAGAAGGCCAUGCAAACAACAUCCACUGCAUGGCUGCUGCUAUCAACAACAUAUUCGGUGCACUAUUUACAAUAUGUGGUCAGGGAGAUAUUGAAGACAGAAUGAAAGAGUUCCUCGCCUUGGCAUCUUCAAGUCUACUACGUUUAGGACAAGAAGCAGAUAAAGAUCUGACCAAAAACCGAGAAUCUGUUUACCUUUUGCUCGAUUUGAUUGUACAAGAAUCGCCAUUUUUAACAAUGGAUCUUUUAGAAUCUUGUUUUCCAUAUGCACUCAUCAGGAAUGCUUAUCACGCUGUCUACAAACAAGAACAGUCCCAGGCAUAACUUAGUGCAAAAUAUCAAUCUAUUAUUGAUUUAUGGCCCACAUGAGUCCUAAGAUCUUGUACAUACUCUGUUGUAUAUUUAUUAAUCAAGUAGUUCUAUUAUUUAUUUAUAGUUAUAUUCGUGGUAAUCAAUUUAAUAGGAAUUUUUAUUGUUUAUGAUAUAAAAUGAUUUAGUUAGUUGCUCCAAGUAAUGCUACAAUCCAUAAUUGAAUAUUAUUUUAGUAUUUAUGGUUGUUUCUUAAAUUAGGAUGCUAUAUGUUUAUGUUUUAAAAGGCUUUAAUUUUAUUCUAUCAUAAUUAGCAUACAAAGCAAUAAACAUUUAUUUGUAAAAUAAUAUUGUGAUAAUCUAAUAAUGUAUAAACUUUAGACAGCCUUACACUAUUUAGAAAACUUUGUAUUACAUUUAUAUGAGCUGGAUGUAAAAAAAGGAUUCCUAAAUAAAAAGACAAUUUUACUCUUCA